AAAGAAGAGGAAGAGAUAUGGAGGGAGUAGAGCACAGAACCGUUAGAGUCAACGGCAUCAACAUGCACGUAGCUGAGAAAGGCCAAGGCCAGGUGGUGCUACUCAUCCACGGCUUCCCGGAGCUCUGGUACUCAUGGAGGCACCAAAUCCAGUCUCUGGCCUCACUCGGCUACCGAGCCGUGGCGCCGGACCUUCGUGGGUUCGGCGACACCGACGCACCGGCUGACGCGUCGAGCUACACUUGCUUCCAUGUGGUGGGAGACCUCAUCGCGCUCUUGGACACCGUCGCCGGCGACCAAAAGAAGGUUUUCGUGGUGGGGCACGACUGGGGUGCGCUCAUCGCUUGGUAUCUUUGCCUGUUUCGGCCCGACCGAGUGAAGGCUCUGGUCAACUUGAGCGUCCAGUAUUUUCCUAGAAAUCCUCAGAGGAAGAUUCUUGAAUCCAUGAAAGCUGCUUAUGGGGAAGACUAUCACUUUUGUAAAUUCUCAGAAUUUUUGCCUGGAGAGAUAGAAGCCGAGUUCGCACAAAUUGGUACUGCAAGAGUUAUUAGGGAAUUCCUAACAUAUCGCCAUCCUGGUCCACUUUUCCUACCUAAGGGUAAAGGCUUUGGACAUCCCUCUGAUUCUCCGAUCGCCUUGCCAAGUUGGUUGUCUGAGGCUGAUGUUAACUACUAUGUGGGCAAAUUUGAGAAGAAAGGCUUCACUGGUGGCAUAAACUACUACCGGAACAGUGAUCGAAAUUGGGAACUCCUUGCACCCUGGACUGGCGCUCAAGUGAAAGUUCCAGUUAAGUACAUUGUGGGAGACCAGGACCUAGUUUAUAAUUCUCUUGGCGCCAAGGAUUACAUACACAAUGGCGAGUUCAAGAAAUACGUGCCUUUUCUAGAAGAGGUUGUUAUAAUGGAAGGAGUUGCCCAUUUUAUCAACCAAGAAAAGGGUGACGAAAUCAGCAAACACAUUCACGACUUCAUCAAGAAAUUUAAAUAG